UGUUUUAGAGAGAAUGCGUCGUAAGGAAGUAAACCCUAGGGGAUAAAGAAAAGCGUUUAUUGUUUGAAAGUUUGUGAAGUGAGAAAAGGCAAGCAGGAGAAGAGAGGAAGGAUAUGGCGAGAAUGUGGGUGGUUCGAUCCUUGGCAGUUGGGCAUGCGAUAAAGAAUAGGGUUCGCCCAAUCUUCUUCAACGCUCACCACCGUCUUCCUUCGCUCCCAUCCAAACCCUCUCUCUUCGCCACCGCCGUCGCCUCCUCUCAGCUCUCCUUCCUCCCCUCCUUCCACCACUCCCACUCCCUCUCCUCCGCCGCAGCUCCUUCCGACGUUGUCCUCAUCAAUUCCGAGGAAGAGUUCAACAACAUCCUUACCAAAGUUCGAGAUGACUCGCUGCACGCCAUCUUCUAUUUCACUGCGGUCUGGUGUGGGCCUUGCAGGUUUAUUUCUCCUAUAGUUGGGGAGCUUAGCAAGAAGUACCCUCAUGUAACAACAUAUAAGAUUGACAUUGAUCAGGAAGCAAUUCAAGGCACAUUGGGCAAGUUGCAGAUUACAUCUGUGCCAACACUUCAUUUCUUUCAGAAUGGGAAAAAGGCUGAUGAGCUUAUAGGUGCUGAUAUUGCACGAUUAAACCAUAUCACAGAGAAACUAUUCAAGAAGGACUGACUUUGAUUUUAAGGCGGGAAUGACGAUUGCUGAAUGGACAAUGAUUGCAAAAAUGAUUGACCUGCUGCCGCUUUGUGACUAUCUAGGCGUCUCUCCUUCGUCUGGUCUGGUGUCAAUUCCUUUGCUUAGUAUUGAAUUGUUACCUACAGUCAUCAUUUAAUUGUAUUUUUAUAAUUUCCAUGAGAAGCAAGAACAUGCACAGCUGUGUAGCACAUGGGAUAUUUGUUAAUAAAAAUGCUUAUAUGGAAGGAAUAUUGAGAAGUUACACCA